CGCAGCCAAUAGAAACAAGGUAUGCUGUCACGUGAGAGCUGUCAAUCUCCUUUCUUACUCAUUGCAAACAAUUUAAUGGUUUAUGCUGUUGCAUUCUUAAAAUGUGAGACAUCGUUGAAAUUUCAUCGAAACAAAAUUAUGUAUGCCUACUUUUUAAUCGAAUGAUAAAAGUAACUUCUUCACGUUAAGGACAAUGUUUGUGGUGUCAUCUGUUGGUAUAUAAGAAACAGGAAGACCGUUACUAAUUAUAUAUAUGACUUCUCCAGUUACAAAUUGAUUGGAAUUGGUUGGAAUUUCAAUAGGAAUUGAUAUAUAAUCGAGUGAAAUGGUAAAAAAGCCAUAUUCUACAAUGCAACAAGAUAUUAUCAGAUCAUAAUUAUAUAUGGCAUUGAUAAAUCGAUAAUGGAUACAUGUCGCUGAAAGUUUAUAAAAUGGCAACGCAUGAUGAGUAUUUCAGUAACACUUCAGUAUCCAUGGCAAAUACUACAUAUUGACUUAAUUUCCUACAAGAUUAUCAGCUAUUAUCAAUUUAACCAAUUGUUCUUCACUGUGGACCUUGCAAUUUGACAAGUGAAAUAUUCUUCCUUCAUAAGAGAGAUGAACGUGAAGAAACGAAAAAGAGAGAGAGAGAGAGAGAGAGGGAGAGAGACUUCAAAAGUUCUAAAUAGAAGCGAAGGAAGUUUCAGGCGUUGCUGGUACAUUGAUAGGAAAGAAAGAUAGCAGAAGGGCAAAAAAUUGACUUGGCGAUCCAUGUUUGGCACGAUCAUAGAUCAUUCCAUUGUAUCAAAAGGGGUUACAGGCGGUGUAGCGAUGGCGGAGGUGACUUUUAUUAGAAAUCCCUACCCUCUGCCGGAUGUAGUGCGCGAAGGAGUGUGGCUACAACAACCUGUACUAGGUAGUAAAGUUUCGCCGAAGGAUAGAGACUGGAGUGCCAAGUUGAAGGCCCACGAACGUCUCUUCGCACAUCACACGCUAAACAGUAUACGCAGAGAUAAUAGACUUCAGAGAUCACAGGUACCAGAGGACUCUCUAGAUCUGGCUCUUACGACUGUAUACGUUCACAGCAGAGACACACUGGUGCCGAAAAGCUACGUGCCGGUGCAGCCAGAAACUUUAGGACAGAGAACGUGGCGUGUUUUAAAAAAUCAAAUUGAGGUUCACAAGACGCCGGACAUUCCGGUGAGAAAAGAUCCGAUUUCGUUGCUUCUAAAGAGAGCGGAGUGUUAUCGCGGCCCGGUGCCAGAGAGACGGGUCCAUCCGAGUAGCGUGAAAUUAAAUAUCUCCGGACCUCAUUCGGUUCAAUCUAAUCCCGGAUACAGUCGCAAAAUCGACGGAACUUUUUACAAUAUUUAAACAGUAUUUAAACACGGAUCCGGCACGGUGUUUGAGAUGAAAACCUGGCAGGCAGAGCUGUGCUAACAGUCGUAUUUGAGGAAAUUAAAUCAACAAUUUUAUGAUUAUCAUCGGUCAGCGCUGUCAGUCGCUUCUGUAUGUUUAUGAAUACGCUUUCAUAUUCCAGUGCAAUUCCCUCUGGUGAAUCUACACUCGUUCGUGCUCGAUUAGCAAAGUGCUUCGUUUAAUAGUUGACUCUGUACAAUUUUACCAGUGGGGAGUAAAAAUCUCGAGAAACAAUCGCAUAAUGUAACAUUUAAUUUUCGCAUUUGCCAUUUCGAUGCUACUUAUUUUAUAUACGCUAUUUUUGUUAAC